AAUUGAAAAUUUAAAUCGUACAUUUUUAAAACUUAUCUAGUCUUUACAUACUAAAAAUAUAGAGUGUAUUGAAGUACGUGACUGCUAUCCAAUGUUUGCUAGAAAUAAAUUUUUUCCUAAAUUUUCAAAAAGAUUAUUUUGUUCAAAAAGUAUUAAAACAGAAACCAAGUACCAAAAACGCAUAUUUUCUGGAAUUCAACCUACAGGAGCUAUACAUUUAGGCAAUUACUUAGGAGCUAUUGCACAAUGGGUAAAAUUACAAGACCAAGGAGAAAAUGUAAUAAUUGCAAUAGCAGAUCUCCAUUCGAUGACAUUACCUCACGAACCCAAGAUAUUAUCGAGGAACAUUCAAGAAAUAGCAGCUACACUUCUAGGUUGUGGCAUAGACCCAAAUAGGACAAUUUUAUUUCAGCAAUCAAAGGUGGCUGUACACAGCCAAUUGUCUUGGUGCCUUGGAUGUAUUUGCACAAUGCCUAGAUUAGCACAUCUUCCCCAAUAUAAAGAAAAAUCGCAAGAUUUGAAAGAUAUACCCCUAGGUCUGUUUGUAUACCCAGUUUUACAGGCAGCAGAUAUUUUGGCAUACAAAGCUACACAUGUACCAGUGGGAGAAGACCAAAUACAACAAAUUCAACUUAGUCAAGAUCUAGCUAGAAUGUUUAAUAAAAAAUUUGGUGAAACUUUCCCUAUUCCCCAUGCAUUAACAACAGGUUCUGAAUAUGCAAGAUUAAGAAGUUUAAGAGAUCCCUCCAAAAAAAUGUCGAAAUCUGAUCCAGAUCAUAAAAGUAGAAUUUGUUUAACGGACAGGCCUGACGAUAUUGUACGGAAUAUUAAAAAAGCUGUUACUGAUUUCACUUCAGAGGUUACUUACGAUCCCGAAGGAAGACCGGGUGUAUCAAAUCUUAUAAAUAUACAUUCUUUUGUUACAAAUAAAUCGGUGGACGAUAUAUGCAAGGACGCCAAAAAUAUCAAUACUGGAGAGUAUAAACUCGUUGUAGCAGAUGCAGUAGUUAAUUUCGUGACGCCAAUUCAAGAUAGGAUAUCAGGUUAUUUGUCUGAACCUCAGUUACUCUUGGAAAUUCUGGAACAGGGACGCGAGAAGGCAAAUGCUAUAGCAUCGAAAAAUUGGGACGAAGUGCAAUAUAAAUUAGGGCUCAACUUUAAAGUGAAAGCUGCAAAAAAAGUAAAAGUGUGUGAAUAACUUUAAAUAAAUAGUUUAAAUAACUUGUUUGUAAAUAUUUUUUAUUAAAGAUAUA